AUGCGUUAUAUUCGUACUAUUUUGGAUGUUAUGUGUUACCAUGACAAGACAAAUGUCUCGUCAACAUCUUCACAAAUAUCUAUAUCAUCUCCAUUUAUAUUUGAUAUUGCUCGAUUAAAAAAUGAUGAAUUAAUUUAUAAAGAAGAAAACAUAUCCGAUGAAGCUCGUCUUUAUUUCGAUAAUAAUCGUAGUAAAUUACAACGUAUUGCAAAUGGUGUUGUUCGAUUUUAUUUACCAUCAGAUUCAUGUUCUGGUUUUUACAUGGGUUUAAAUUUAAUUGGUACUAAUGAACAUAACAUUAGUCAAAUGAAACUUUCUUCAUCAUUUUCCAAAACAAAUGAUAUUUAUUCUACAAUGCCUUUAUUAAAACAGUGUACUACUGUUACAAAUAAUGAUUUCGAUUUUGUUUAUGCACGAAAUAAUAUAAUAUCUCUCAAUAUUGUUGAAACAACAUUAUUUGAUCCAAAUAAAUAUUCUAACAUACGUGAACGUCAUAUUGAACAAGAUCCAAUAUUAGGAAUUACUGGUGAUUUCGAUAUGAUAGAUUUUGUUGUUGUCAAAGAAACACAAAAAGUUCGAACAAAUAAUUCAAUACUAUUUAUACCAUCAACUCAACACGUUCAAAUUAAUGAUCCAAUUAUCACAAUCUCACAUCCAGGAAAUGAACUUUCAACUCAAGAGUCAAGUGGACGUCAUCAUUACGACUUAUUUUUACCUCAAUUUGAAGAAUUGAGAAAAAUAUUUCACGGUUUUGGUGGACGUUGUAUCUCUUAUGGACGUGUUAUUGCUCCAUAUAAAUUAAAUUCAAGUUCAAAUAAAUGGAUCGAAGAUCUUCAAUAUCGAAAUACUGAUUUUUCAAAUUAUCAAUGUAUUUUAAGCAAUGAAAAUCUUUAUCAUGGCUCAAGUGGUGGUGUUACAUUAAAGUCAAAUUUUGAUAUAUAUGAAAAUAUACCAACUGCAAAUGGUCAACAAUUAACUUUAGUUGAAUUUAUAUCAAUACAUUUUGGUGGAGAAUUUAUACCUUGCCAAGAUUGUCUAUGUGAUGUUAUUCCGUCAAACCGGGAACAGAUUGGUCCAGAUAAUAUUCAAUUUUUACAUGAAUGUAAAUCCUGCAAUGACCACAAACAAACACCAGUAUCAUACAAUUACGGUGUGAGCGUUCAUCAUCCAGCUUUUCAAAAAUAUUAUCAUCAACAAAAAGAAUAUUAUUUGAAUUUAUUUGGUGGAAAUCUUCCAAAGCCAUUAAAUGAUUAUUAUGAACUACAUCAUAUAUAA